AUGGCGGCGGGGCUCGGACGGCGGCGCGCUGUGACGUCACGCGGCCCUGGGCAAGGCAGGCCGGUUAGGGGGAAAGGCAAAGUUUGGCAAUGUAAAGUGCAGGAGAACAAGUGAGAGUGAGACACUGGGGAGGGGGACAGGCCCGGAUCACCGUGCAGGAAGUCUAACCCGACCUGUGGGGACCUCCCUGCCCUGCAUCCCACCCACAUCUGGCUGAGCAAGGCACCUCCACGUGGAGCAGCCCCCACCUACCCCACUGCAGAGGCUGCACAGCCAUGACAGAGCAGCAGGACCUCAGCUCCAUGCCAUGGACCAUCAACAGGGAUGACUAUGAGCUGCAGGAGGUGAUUGGUGAGUAGGAGGGGGGAGGCAGGUGGUUAUUGUUUCACCAAGAGGCUCCAAUAAUGGGGUAACCUUAACCCUUUCAUGUAUUGCUGUGCUCACCUACCUGUCAAUGAAGGGGUUAAUGCCACUGCUUCCUCUAUGGGUUACCCCCUUCAGGGAAUAGUGUAAUCCACAAAUAUUGGAGGACUGCAACUCCCAUGUUAUUUUCCCAGGUUGACAGAGCAUCAUAGGAGUUGGAGUUCUCCAGCAGCUGUGGGAGGAAGGGUGGGGGGGUGGGGGGUGGGGGGAGACCCCCUAUAUAGUAAAGGCAGGGAGGAGCAAUCCAUCCAGAAAUAUAUUAUUAUGUAUACACUCCUUGCCUCCCCUCUGGGUUCCUGUGGCUCCUCCCUGGGUUUGCUGUAUAGGGGUGUCUCAGGGCAGAACAUGUGUGAGGGGUCUUAGUAUUGUGUUCCCAGGGUGGGGAUUUGGCAUUGUGACAGGUGGGAUGUGUGAGACAAUGAAGCUGAGACAAGCUCUUGGUGUGUUACAGGUCCUGUGAGUUCUGAUAAAGCAGGGUGUGCAUGUGUUUAAUGGGGAGGGGAGGGGGGUAAUAGUUAUAUUUCAACUGCAACUGUGUCCAGGCCCUAGAACCGCAGCUGUUGAUGAACUGUAAUUUCCAUGAUGCUUGGCCAAAUGUCAUGUGAGUUGUAGUCCUACAGCAGCUGGGAACCUACCCAUUUGGUUUCUAGUGCGUUGAGAUGUGUGAGUGACCGGGUGGGCGAACUGCCAUGUUGAAUAAUUUACACAUUGUGAGGUUUAUUCAUUAAACAUCGAAUUGUAAAAUUCUGACUAGAGCUGGUUUGGAGAAAUGUUUUAAAUCAGCUAUAGUGAGAAUUCUGUUUAGAGUUUACUCUGAUUUGCUGUUUAGCGAAUGGAUCCCUGGGUCUGUGACAAGUUGGUAGUGUGCAACGUGACCUGGCGCCUGGUACUAUGAAAGCCAUACCUGCUGAGGUUUGCCAGGUAAGGAGGGAGGGGCACAGGUGUGAGUUAACAUCCAGUGAGUGACACAUUGUGCUCAAACUGGAGUAAUAGGGUGCAGACGAAUCUAUUGAACAAGUGAAGCGCUGUGUUGUCAGAGGUCUCGCAGUAAGUGCGGGACGGGUCCUGUACUGGUGAGAUUACACAGGUGGACACUGGACACACGGAGAAGGAAAAGUUUUUUGCAGACGUGUUGGCUGACAACUGAAUGUGUGUAAUACUGUAUGGUUAAUUCACUAAACAGCAAGCUGUGAAUGGCAAAAUUAAUUAUUAUGAUAUUUAUAUAGCGCCAUCAAAUUCUGCAGCGCUUAAUGCUUACAUAGCCACGAUGAAACUAAAUCAGAAUGGAAGAUUUAUAUAAAUCUUUUUUUUUUUUUUUCUUUUCUUUUUAAAUAAAAUUUGAAACUUGUGAGUUGCUUAUUAAUGCGUAUAGGUUUUCCAUGUGGCCAGGUGUCUUGGGAUGUGUGUACACAUGGUAAAAUCGAGUGAGCUGGAGGUUGUAUAUGUGUUUAUGGAUGACAAUGAGUGCGGGUUUGUGUAUGCAUGUAGUUUGUGACAGUGUGAAUGGUGUAUGUCUGUAUCACAUGACUCGAGCUGUGUAUAUUUGUGUGACAGUUAGAAAGGUGCAGGGUGCGUGUGUCCAGAGGAUUACGUUUUCAUAGACCCCUAGGUGGCUUAACAGUCUGGGCCCCAUUUACUCUUAUUACAGGGAUGGUGAAUGGAGCUUGGCCAGGUGUUAUCAUGGCACCCAGGCCUUGGCUAACACUUGGGGCUAGGCAUUCUCCUCGGGUUUCCUUAUUAGCAUAUUGUGAUUGUGGCACAGUCUGGUGGCAUAGGAUAUGGUGUGGGUCUGACGUGCUGUCUGUUUGAGACUUCUGAUGCAAUUUGGGGUUUCUGGCUGAGAUGAUCUGUUUCUGGUGAGGUGGGUUUAAGGAGUGAAUGUUGAUAAUGGCGCUAUGGAAGGAUAUAUUUGGGAAUGGCCUAGUAGAGUGUGUCUGCACCGGCAAUAUGGCAUGCGGCAUAACUCGACCCUCCUCUUGUCACCAGCUUUAAAAAAAUAAACAAAAAAGUUAUAGUCCUUAUCCGCUCAGAUAAUGCCAAGUGCAGGUUCUGUUUAGUUUGUUCGUCAGAUAAUUGAAUGUUUAAUGCAGUUUUAUUGAAAAUAAUACUUGGAUUGUAAAUUUUCUGUGAAGCGCUCCCUUUCAUGUCCCUAUAUUCCAGUCUCCCUAUAUACCGAUCUAUAGAUUUCUCUCUGUCCCAUCCUUUUUUCUGUCUGUCUCCUUCUGUGUGCUUAAUUCACAAAAAAUACAGAAUUGGAAGCCAAAUUGCAGUAUUUAGCCAAACAUCGUGGUUUACUACAAUUCGAGGUUUUCCUGUAAUCUGUCUGUCUAUUCCAUUCCUUCUGUCUCUCUUACAUUCUCUCGCUUUACUUCUUCGCAUAAAAAUCUUUCUGUGACUUUAACAUUUGUUUUCUCCGUCUCCGGCUUCCAUUCUCUCUUUCCCUUUUACUUUUUUUUUUCUUUUCCCUGUACUUUCUUUCUCUCUAUCAUUCCUUCUGCCUUGCUAUAUUUCUUCUAACAAUUUUUUUUUAUGUUAUCUCUUUCUUUUUCUCUCCUAUUCCUUUCUGUUGUCAGAAUGAUCUACCGCUCUCAGAUAAUAUAUCUGUACCAAGUAUUAAUAAAGUCUAUUGGUAUUUAGAAAGAUCACUCACUUUUAUGUUGCAAAUUUACUAAUCUUGAAAUAAAGGGAUGAACACAGAGUGCUUCUACCAGGCUUUUUUUUAUUUUAUUAAAAUCUAUUAAUUAGGACAUGUUUAUUAUAAACAUGUUUUAUUAUUCGUAUUGUAGAGUGAGGCACUUUAUUUCUGUCUACAAGAACCAUAAAUCAGGGCUUUUAUAAAAACUCUCUCAUCUCCUCUCCAUGGAUUAGCCCUUCUUUCUUUUCUUCGGCUUGAGCCCACCUCGCUUUGUCUCGGGCUCUCUCUCCACCUCGCUCUAUCUUAGGCUUCCUCGCCUUGGCUUUCUUCGCUCUAUCUUAUGCUUACUCACCCUGGCCUUGGCUUUCUUCGCUCUAGCUUAGGCUUACUCACCCUGGCCUUGGCUUUCUUCGCCCUAUCUUAGGCUUACUCACCCUGGCCUUGGCUUUCUUUGCUCUUUUUUUUUUUUAAUAGGCUUCCUUACUAUGGCCUUGGACUUUCUUCGCUCAAUCUGAGGCUUCAUCAUCCUGGCCUUGGCUCUCUUCGCUCUAUCUUAGGCUACCGGACUCUGGCCUUGGCUUUCAUCGCUCUUUUCUUAGGCUUCCUCACCCUGGCCUUGGACUUUCUUUGCUCUAUCUUAGGCUUCCUCACUCCGGCCUUGGCUUUCUUUGCUCUAUCUUAGGCCUCCUUACCCUGGUUUUCUUUGCUCUAUAUGUAUACUAUAGGAUUCAGGGUACUAAUCCACACCUAUAAAGCACUGACCAAUUCUAGCCCCUCCUAUAUUUCUUCACAGAUCCAUAGGUAUGCCCCUUCUCGAUCUCUCCACUCUGCCCAUGACCUUCUCCUGUCCCCUGCUCACACCCGUACGGCCAACUCGCGCUUGCAGGACUUUUCGUGGGCGGCUCCUGUCCUAUGGAAUAGCCUGCCCACCGCCAUCAGUCUCUCCCCUAGUCUUCAAUCAUUUAAAAAGUGCCUCAAAACCCAUCUCUUUAGGAAAGCUUAUGGCCUCCCACAGUAACCUCUACCUCACAUACCUGUCUCUUGCUCUCUCCUAAAGGGCAGCACUCUACUCUCUCCUCCAGCUCCUGUCCUAAUAUGUUUAUACCCCACCUCCUAUAGACUGUCAGCUUGUUUGAGCAGGGUCCUCUUCAACCUAUUGUUCAUGUAAGUUAAUGUAAUUGACUAAUUUAUUGUUAAAUCUCCCCCUUUGAUAAUUUUGUAAAGUGCUAUGGAAUUUGCUGGCUCUAUAUAAAUACCAGUAGUAGUAGUAAUAUCUUGGGUUUCCUUACCCUGACCUUGGCUUUUUUCGCUCUAUCUUAGGCUGCCUCACCCUGGCCUUGGCUUUCUUCGCUCUGUCUUAGGCUACCUAACCCUGGCCUUGGCUUUCUUUGCUCUAUCUGAGGCUACCUAACCCUGGCUUUGGCUUUCUUCACUAUAUCUUUAUCUGCUCUAUCUUUCCUUUCCUCGCUCUGUAAUCAUCUCCUUGAUGUGGACCGUUCUCGCUUCCUUUCCUUUUCUAUCUUAGACAUUCUCUCCCCAGACUGUGGUGGUGAUGGCCACAUUCUCCUUACUGGUGACUUUACAAUUUGACUAAUGUUCAUUCAGACUCAUCUGGUAGAAGGGGUGUGGACUUCAUUGUUAUUUCAUGUCUAACAUUUAGCUUUAAAGGGAAAUUUUAUAUAAUUUUUUUUUCUCUAUUCCUGUAACAGACAGCAAUCUAUGACUUCGCAUAGAAUUAUUAUUGCUAUACUUCCUGCUCUGCAGCAACACAGCAAUGGCUAGAGCUUCCAAACAUUUGGGCAACAUAGAACCUUUUUCCAUGUGUAUAAUCAAAAUGAGUGACUGUGAUUGACUAAGAGUGUCAACUGACCACUUUCAGCCUAUCACAGUGCCCAUAGCUGGCAUGAGUAAGUAUGGCUAAAAGGAAGUGUGUAAUAUGUGCCUUAGCCACUCCUCCAGUGGGGGCGUGGCUAUAUGAAGUCUUAAUGGCUUAAAGGAUCACUAUAGUGUCAGGAAAACAAAGCGGUUUUCCUGACACUAUAGUGCCCUGAGGGUGCCCCCUCCCGUGGCGCUGAAGGGGUUAAAAUCCCUUCAGCAGCUUACCUUAUUCCACCGCCAAGCUCCCUCGGCACUGGUGACCUCUCCUCCCUCUGGCGAUGUCAGCAGAGCCGAAUGCACAUGCGCGGCAAGUGCCGCACACGCAUUCAAAGUGUACAUAGGGAAGUAUUUCUCAAUGCUUUCCUAUGGACGAUCUGAGCGAUGGAGGCAUAAUAUGGAAGACAUAUAUAAUAAUAUCCGGAAGACAGCCACUAGAGGCUGGCUUAACCCCAAAUGUAAACAUAGCAGUUUCUUUGAAAUGUGAAGGGUUAAAACCUGAGGGACCUGGCACCCAGACCACUUAAUUGAACUAAAGUGGUCUGGGUGACUAUGGUGUCCCUUUAACAUUGAAUGGAAGGACAGUGCCGGGAGACUCAAGAUACUAUAACCACUUCAAUGAGAUGAAACAGCCUACUGUAUCCCAUUUAAAUUUGCCUCUGCACAACCUGAAAGUUACUGUAAAUGUACUGAAAUAUCCAUUAAGUGAUGACUUUCCGUGUGUGUGUGUGUGUGUGCGUGUGUGUGUGUGCGCAUUACAUUUACAGGAGUUCACAAACACCCGCAGCGUCAAGGAUACUCACGGGUUAAAGGGAAACUCAGCCCCUCCGCCCAUACUGCCAGUUAUAAAGUUAUACUCAGUAUACAAAACAGAUAAAACUUUAUAAUGUAUUUUUCUGUCUGAAUUUUCAAGUAGUUCGCUGAGACUGUUCUUUUUGUUUGUGGUUAAACACCUUUUUCGAGAUGUUCUUUUAUAAAUAUACUGCCUGUGUGUCAGAGUGGGUGUCAAGGUUCCAUUUAUAGAAGUCUAGUUUAUCAUGUUCAACAUGUGGGAUGUGGAAGCUCUCAUUUGAGGAUUAACUGGAAAAGUUUAAUCUCUGUUACGAAUCUAAACUUUCUAUUCCGUGUACAUUAAAUACACAUACUUAAUUGUGUCAUCCCAAGGAUCCUGGUACAGGGACACUUGUGGUCUGUAGACCACAGUUUGAGAACCACUGGUUUAAGUGAGAAUUUUAAGAAUGUUUACUCAAUUGGUCUCAUGACCCCAGAGAAAAAACAAACCCCCUCCCCCCCCCAUUGUGUUCUUAACUGGAUAUGUAAGAAAGAUCUCAGUACACCAAGGCUCUAUUAUAAAAAUUUAUAUAUUUUCCUUCUUUGUGUGAAUACGUGAAAAUGUAAAUUUCAUAUUCACCAAAUGUACAAUUCUCGGACUGAUGCAAACCCAUUUUGUGGCUAGCUUGAAAUUCAGAGAAAUUUCCAAAUUUGUUGCAAUAUAAUUUAUGGCAGCCUCUGCAAGCGGUGGAUUCCAGAACCCCAACUCCAAUUUUUGUUGGACAUUGAAGAAUGGUCCCAUGAAUGCCCAUCUAGUGUACUCUGUGAAAGGGGCUAAUAAAAUGCAUGUGGCCGUCCCAUGGAUUAUUGGUUAUCCACCUCCCCUGUUCCUAACCCUAUCUGGUGACCUGAACCCAAUAAAUAACAUGGGGACCCCCUAUGUAACAGAUAAUGCGGUCUCUGCUGGUUUCACACCCCUCGUAUAGGUGACUAAUGCACAUAAUGGUGCCAACGUCGUCUACUAUUAAUAUUUCCUAGCGUGGUGGAGUGUCAAGGGAUCUUCUGUCACAUAUGCAACAUUUCACAUGUUUGUGUUAACCUGUUGUCAUGGUGACCGUGUGUAUGACCCCUUUUACUUGUAAUGUUUGUCAUCUCUUAAGGCCAGUGCCAUAGCGGUAAACAGCAAGGACUAAAAAGAACAAAACUCCAUACAAUGUAAAUUUGGUUCCAAUAUAAUUAACAAAUUCUGACAGUAUAAGAUAAUUGUUGCCUACAAAGUGUUUUUUUUUUUUUUUUUGUGUUAAAUUUUAUUUAUUUAUCUUUUUACUCCCUUACCAUAUGGCACUGUGUCUUCGCCCUUGAAUAAAUUUAGCAAGUGAUGUGUAGGGUAAUGCUUGUAUUGCUUUGAUAUCGGAGAGCAUGAAAGUAAAAAUGGAAACCUAAAACAUCCCAGUCUAACAGGCCAUGAUGGUGGCAAGGAAUUUCAGUAUUUAAAAUAAUCAUAAAACAUAUACAUUUUUACCAAGGUUUUGUUUUUCCUGUUCUGAGAUUUACGAAGAUCGUUCUUGCACUGGUCCCUUUAAAAAGGAGCAUUUAUAAUGCAAAGUAAUGGCCUUUUUUUUUAAAGUGGGAAUAUGCUGGAUCCAAUUUUAAACCUCCAUGCAAUCCUUAGAAUUUCAAACGCCUAAGGAAGCUCGACUUCCUCCUGGAAAGUGCUGACUUCUUAGAAAGCAUAUCGCAGGACGCUGGCUCAAGAAUUCUGUGACGUGUAUUGAUUUGUAGCGGUUCUUAGUGCUGUCCUAAUGAUGCAGCUCAGCUUGUGGGCCUGUUGGAUACUUUAUUUACAAAAGAAAUGUAAUAACGCCGGCCUUUAAUAAAAUAGUCGUGUGACAUAUUUCGGAGAAAUGUUGCUUAUUUUUUCCAGCUGGGAGGAAUCCAUUACAGUUUAUGGUCCGUUUCCACAGCUUAAUGUUAUAGGCGUAAGAUACGUAAAUUGCGAAAAGCUGGAGUAUUCAGUAACGCUAAAAGACAGUAAUUUACAGUAUUUGCUUUUUGUGUGUGUGAAUAUAUUUAUAUUUUUUAAUUUUCCGAAAAAAACAUUUUUUUUUUUUUUCAGGGGGGUGGAGGAGGUAACUUUGAAGAAAUUCAUUUUUAAAGGUUUUAAAUGUCUUACUUGACACAUUUUUAGCAGAAUACCUCUGGCGUUGGCCUAAUUCUGAGUAACACCCCGUGUCGGAAACGUUAUUAGUUAGACCGGGAUGGACACCUUUGAGCUUGGUAGGUGAUGAUUUGAAUAAUUCACCAAAGUUUGACAAGUUGUGGAGGCAGUGUAUAUUCCCAGUCUGAUAGAAAUUCUAUAGAACAGUUUGUAGUGGGUGACACUUCUCUCAUUUCACUUCCCUCGCCUCCAAGGGACUUUCUCUCCUGCCACUGUUCAGUUCUUCCACACAUGACUUUUAGUGGCUUAUUUCUACACAGGAACCUUAUUCAUCAAUCCCUUCCCCCUCUGACAUGGUGUUAUUUGUCUUGUGUGUCUUUACCCCUUCCUCAUAAAUUGUAAGCUCUUUUAAGAAGGGCCUUCUUCACCUCUUGUCUGUUAUAUUCCGCAUGUAAAGUACUUGGUAUCAAGUAUCCCUGUUUUAUAAUUGUAAAGUGCUGUGGGAUAUAUUGGCGCUAUGUAAGUACACAUCUAGUAAAUAUUUAAAAAAUUUUAAAUAAAUUUAAUUGAAAAUCUUGAUGUUUGUAUAGCAGUGAGAGCAGUUAAAGAGGUGUGAUACUGUGACGUCACACUGCCACUCUGCUAUUGUUACACGGCUGUAUAGUGAUGUUAUCGCUGGGUAAACCACAACGCCGCUGUUUGCAUCAAAUAGUUUACAUUUUUAAAGACUGUAUAACUUUAUUAUAAUUGGCUUUUUUUCCUUGGAAAACGACAAAAAAAAACUAAUUUAGCUUCAGCUGACGAAUCCAAAACAAGGAUACAAACCCCCCACUGAAAUUCCGGAUAUUGGAUGAUUUUAGACUAAAAUAAGCUAAAUCGGGAGAAGAUUCUCUAACUCCUCCACAAUCCUAGCUAUUUUAGUUGAAUUGUUGCAAUUUGUAUUUGUUUGUUACAAUUCCUUGUUUAGUGAAUGAGGGCCGCCACCGUUCUGGAUCUUAUCAGAACAUAAGGUGUGCGUGCGUAUUGUUCCCCCUUGGUUCUCCCCAGAAGACUGAACCUGAGACUUUUUUUUUUUUUUCUUGGUUGAUGCGGAGAGACGCAUUCCACGCAUUCUUUGGGUUGGAGUCAGUAUGUGAUUCAGGUUUGGCUAGCCAGCCAUAUCCUCAUUACUUUGUUCAGUGUCACUCAGAUAAAAAUUGGAAAGCAUUCAGCUAGUUAUACCUUCCAUUCAGUACACUAGGGAAUCGCUUAAAGGUGUUUACUUUAACUUUUUAUUUUUGUAGGUACAACUGUCGUGGAUUGUUUCCCAGCAUGCUAAGCCUCAUGGGAAAUAUAGUCCCCCAACAGCAUGAGUACCAAAAGUUAGCUUUACCACUAUUGGAAAUCAUUGUGCUUCAGGGUAGUUCUGGGCUUGGUUAACAGUAGCAGAAAUAACUGGGUCAGCACCGUUGCCAUGCUCUGCCUGUAGGGGCCGUUUGUUUCAGGGACCCAAACAGUUGCUUUUGGUAUAAAAGUCUUGCGCCCAUGCCAAGAUGCCACCCCAGGCCAAGCUCUGGCCUGUGUAGCCCAGCUAAGAUCUUGCACCCUGAGAGUCUCGUUCUGUUUGUAUUUUACUCUCAGUAACUGUCCCUUUGUGAUGGUUACACAGUGUAUCGCUGUGUGUGUAUGCAUGUUUGUUCAGUGUCUUCUAUAAACAAGGUUAAAUUGAUACACACCGAUAAACCUCGUGUCUCCGGCCUAAACCUGACCUUCAACAAACUAGCGUGGAAAUAGAUUAUGCGUUUUAAUUGCAUGUACUUUGAAGGUAAACUGAAGUUGCCGGUGUGCCUGGUAGUGACAUACAUUAAAGUAAGAGAAAAGCUGCCCCCCUCCUGGCUUAAUUUCACUCCCUUGGUUUUGUAUCUUCACGUCCAUUAUCGCUUUCUGCGGUGUGCGUACAGCCUGUAGCACAUAAUCAGCACGCUGCUAUUGCCAUUGAUGGGAACAGAUUACAUGUGUUAGGUGUGUGCUCUGUGCCUGUUACACACAUUUCCAUUUCCUAUUGUACUAACCAGGCCUUAAAAGUUACCCGCCACGGCACGACAGAAUUUCGAAUCAUCAGGGUGACCUUUUGUGGUGAGUGGACAUUUUAUAGCCGAGGAUUACACUCUUGCUUUCUCAGUAGUUAGGACCGUUUAGACCACGUGUUAAUUUAAAGUGCAUAUCAAGCUACUUUGUCAAAUAAUGAUGUGCCAUCCUUUGGCUCCUAGAUUCUUGGAUCAUGCUUGGAAUUCUGGGGAAAGUGCACAUUUAUCUGCCCUGCUUGUGCAUUGGCAGGUGGUAUAGAAACAUGAAAUCUUAAAAGCAAUGGAAGCGGGGCAAAAAUUUUAUUUGGAAAAAACAAAAUACAAAAAAUACAGAUACUUGGGUCCCCCCACCACCUUUUGCUUGGUGUACCAUUGAAAAAUCUUCUGUUUUCUAUUAUGUGAAGAGCUUGUACAUGGUAACCCAGAGUGUUUCAUGUCCCCAGACCUUUUAAGAUUACAGCUGUGUACGGUGUUAAUGAGACGCAAUGCAAGGCCUACAUAUUUCUGAUUUCCCUCGCAUUAGGGCUGAUUGUUCAAACAAUGUUUGUAUGAUUCAUUUCAUUAGGGGAGAUAUAGUAAUAUAUAUUAACGGACUCUGUAUCUAUGCGGUACGUAGUCGCCGUUUGUUGCCGUCUAUAAUUGCCAUAAUCUUUUCAAAGAAUAUAAUUCUGUAACACACAGAAAUCAUCCUGAGUUUAAUUAUUCAUAAUAUACAGUCAGAGCUCACUCUAAUAAGAAACAAGCUAUAAUAGAUGAGACGCUAAUUUACAUAUAUAAUAUAUGUGCAAAUUUACUUCCUAAUAUACUGGUGCUCGUUGUGUAGUUUUGCAUAUUUUAUUAAUAAUUAUGCUUGGAUUCAUUUAUUUUUGUGUUAAAUAUCUUUUAAAAUAAAUGUUGCGUAAGUUAUGGUCUUUAUGCCGCCAUUUUGAAUUUCUAAAUACCCUUUCAAACGUAUUAAUUAAAGUGACAAAUACAGAGAAUUCAAAUAGCCAGAUUAGAAAAAUUCUCCAGUUCCGCUAGGCUUCCAGUUUGGUUAUAUUGGCAUAUAAUUUGAAAUUCACUUUGAAUUCCUGGUAAAUUUCACUUUAAAAUAAUCCCUCCUGCUUUGGUGUAAGAAACGCUAAGAGCAUCAUGUCCAACUAUGGUUCUUGCAUGGCACUAUGGCACUGGUGUUAGGAGCUUCUUGUUCUUCUUCAUGAUUUGCAAACCUUUCUAGAGGUUCAAGACAACCACCCAUCCUGUGAGAUCAUAUCAGGAAGUUAUGCUUCCCUUAAUUGUACAAGAUGUUGUACAGCAUGUCUACAUCAUAGGUAUCAUGUAAUGGCUGUCUUGGAAUUCUUGGUCAGUCAUUUCGGCAGCGUUAUACAUGCACAGCCCUGAGGAGCGUGAUUCAUUAAAAUAAAAAUUAUUGCACAAGCUAACGGAAGCUCUGUAGCUUAUUUUAUUUAAAAAAUACAAUCCCCAAAACCAUAAAAAAGCCGUACAUUUCAGUCUCGAUUACAUCUCACCUCGCAAUAUAUUUCCGGAGCCGAUUAACUACAAUAAAACCUCACACGGCUGUAUAAUCCAAGCAUUGUGUACUGUGUCUCGUGAAUUACUUGUAAAACUGUUUCUUGUACGGGUAACGUUUCUCUUAAAGCUGCAGUCCUCUUUGGAAAGGACAAUGGUAGUAGCAUCGCAGUGUAGAUUUCAUUACUUCAUAUCACUAUAGCACUAUAUCUAUGCAUUCUACUAGCCAGACUGCAAAUGUAGAUAUAUGUAGAUAAGAAUUUUGUCCGUAUUAACCAUUUAUGUUGAAGCUUUUGAUUAUUUUUAAAAUAAAAAAUUCACGUACGGUGAAGUAUUUGGGAGGAAAAACAAUUGUGCAUGCAGUGUUACGGAGCAGGCCGCAGGUAAUAAAGCUCAUGUAAGUACCGGUAUAUCGUAAAGAGGAAUAAUUCCUUUUUUUUUUUUUUUUGUAUUGCAUUGCUGCUUCUGUUCCGGUUUAAAUGCUACUGUGAGCAGGAAGAAAGGUUAGAAGUUCAUUUGCAGGAUCUCGGGACCAUUCUUACCGCUUCUUGAUUUUUUUUUUUUUUAAAUGGUUUAAAUUUUUUUCAUUUUAUGUAUUAUUAUUAUAAUAAUAAUAAUUUAAUUUUUUUCAGUCCUGUUUUUAAAUGCUCCGGAACUUGUGAUUUUAUAAAGUAUAAGACUUACAUAAUAGCCUCUUAUUUUCUUAAAUAUCUUAAAUAAUUUUUUAUAUGUGCCUAACCGUAGGUGGCUAACUUUGGUAUAGCAGAUAUUUUAGAAAUACAUUUCCGAUGAUAUUCGGCGAGCUCUUGUUGAAGUUGGUUAUCUUUGGCCUAAAGAUGGCUUGGGCCCACCACCGAGGUGGAACCACAAGGGUUAAUGAUCAGUUUUAAGGACUGUGGGUUUAGAGUGAGCAAUUCCACUGAUUGCUCUGCCUUCUGGGUAGAGUUUCAGCUCAGCUCCUAUAGAAGGCCCAGAGCCACACAGAAUAUCAAUAAGCCUCCGAGGUCAGGCCUAUAUGGAAGGAGAGAAUCUGAAGAAUUUCUUCACCCUGGAGAGAGGAGCUCGUCCCCCUUUUUGUAUGAAUUCAAGCUUUUGAUUUAAGACAGAGAGGUGGGGUCUGACCUGAUCCCAAGCGUUUUACAAUUGGCAGCAAUGAAUAUAUGAACUAUUUUAGAAUGAAUGCUAUGUCUACUUUCAUUUCAUUUUCUUCCUUUUGUUUUAUAUAUUUAUCGAUUUUCUUGCCAAUAAUUAAGCUUUUUCAGAAACUGUGUAUAAAGACGUUUAACUAGUUUUUUUUCACCCUGGGGUGAUAGGAAUCUGAUCGAUAUAUAAAUAAUAAAAUGAUAAUAUACAUCAGUCUAUGCACUAAACAAUGACACACUUUUGGUUGUCCAAAUUUGGCUUUGCCAAACUGAACCCUAUCUAUUAAAAAACAAUUUGUUUAUACAAAAAGCAAAUGUAAUUAUUUUAGCUGUAUUAACAGGGCUAUUUAACCGGUAUUCCGGUAGUUGUUUAAAUCCAGCAAAUCGCUGUGUAUUCUGCAUCUAGUUCGGUUACUCAGCAACAGCCCGGCUGGAAAUCCCUUAAUUUGUUAAAUUUAAUUCCUCUGAUAAAAAAAAAACAGGGACUUGCACCCUCAGCCGUCCAAUCCUGAAUCCCCAGACGUCACCCUCAGGCAGCUACUCUCUGUUUACAUUGGCAUUAAGUCAGUUGGCUGUCGUAUCUGAUGAGAGGAUAUCAAUGCUGUCAGGGUGAAUUGGUUUACGUUGAGAUUCUUGCUGUAUAGUAAGUGACAUUUGGAUGGAUUUAAGCAAUAUUUUAUGUUGAGUCAACAGGACCAGUCAAGGAGUUAAAGAUGAAAGAUAUAACCCUGAAAUAUGUAAUGUAAGUACUUUACCCACCACUGUGACAUGUUGAAAGAGCUAAACUGGCUGUCGCUGGAAUCCCGACGCACUCUUCAUCUUUCCAGCCUUGUGCAUAAGAGCAUUUCUGGGAAGCUCCCACCCUACCUGAGUAGAAUGCUCUCCCCGGCUGUUCCCACCUCCUAUAACCUCCGAUCCAGUACCAGCAAGAUAUUAAGCAUACCGCAAUACAAAAAUAAAGUGGCUCUAUACUCAUUUUCCUACAGAGCACCACAAUUAUGGAAUAACCUCAGGGACACAGUCAAAUCUUCAUUCAAUCUAAAAUAUUUUAAGAGAUCUAUGGCAAUAUACCUCAAUACAGAUUGCACCUGUCAUGGUUAAAUAUAUUUAUUACCUGUUAUGUGUUAAAGGACCACUAUAGUGCCAGGAAAACAUACUCGUUUUCCUGGCACUAUAGUGCCCUGAGGGUGCCCCCACCCUCAGGGUCCCCCUCCCGCCCGGCUCUGGAAAGGGGAAAGGGGUAAAAACGUACCUUUUUCCAGCGCUGGGCGGGGAGCUCUCCUCCUCCGAUCCUCCUGCGUUCCGCCCCGUCGGCUGAAUGUGCACGCGCGGCAAGAGCUGCGCGCGCAUUCAGUCGGUCACAUAGGAAAGCAUUCAUAAUGCUUUCCUAAGGAUGCUGGCGUGCUCUCACUGUGAAAAUCACAGUGAGAAGCACGCAAGCGCCUCUAGUGGCUGUCAAUAAGACAGCCACUAGAGUAUUAGGGGGAAGGCUUAACCCAUUAAUAAAUUCAUUUUUUAAUAAAUGGGUUAACCCUAGCUGGACCAGGCACCCAGACCACUUCAUUAAGCUGAAGUUGUCUGGGUGCCUAGAGUGGUCCUUUAAAUUUAUUUGUGUGUGUGUGUGUGUGUAUAUAUACAUAUAGUAUUUUUGUAAUAUUGUAUUCUGUUGUAACAAUGCAAUGUUUUGCGGACCCAGGACAUGCUUGAAAACAAGAGAAAUCUCAAUGUACCAUCCUGGUAAAAUAUUUUAUAAAUAAAUAAAGACGGGGGUUGUUAGUUGGCCAUAGCAGGGAUAUGAGUUGCUAAGAUGUGUUUGGGCAGUAAUAGUGGGGAGGGAGUGGAAAAUCCCAUUUGCAGAUGUGGAAACUUUCAGCUCGCUUUGUCGUCUAAGACAAGGUGUUAAAAAUGAAUUUGGUAACUGGAGAUCAAAGCAGGUGGGCAGUCAGGAGCCGAGAGUUACAUUUGGGUUUUGUUUCCCUUUAGAAUGAUUAUCUUGCAAAUCAUAUUCUGUUACAAGGUUGCCAUGAUAAUGAGUUAGGAGGGCCCAGUUACUGUUUUUAGGGGAGGGGAGAGUCAGGGGAAUGGUAGGAUUUGGCAGAAAGUGUGUGUGUGUGUGUGUGUGUGUGUGUGUGUGUGUGUGUGUGUGUGUGUGUGUGUGUUUUGUACUGCUUGCAUGGUGACAUCAUCUGUGCAAUUAUUUCCCGUAAUUAAUGGGUAACAAUGCAUGGAUCACUUCUGUGCAGUCUGGGCGGCGGGGGGGUGAAGGUAUGACAUGCAUGCCCCAGCACGAUUAUAGGGAGUUACAACGUGCCACCUGCUGCCAUUUAAUGUAAUUCCCACUAAUCUCAGGCAGCACGGGGACAUGCAUGUCCUGUGGAGGGUCAUCGAACAUUGCAUGGAUUGCAAAGAACUGCUCAAUGGAAUGUUGGAAGCUACGUUGCAAAUAACUGGUUCUGAUUGGCUGUGGGCAUCAGGUGAUUGCUGUAGUAUGAUAUUUAAAUGUUUUUUUUUUUUUUUUUUUUUUUUAAUAUGAGGUCUGUCUGGAAAGUAUCCAACCAUGUAAUAUGAAAAAUAGAGAUCUUUAUUGAAGAAACAUUAUACAUCGGACAACAACCACUAGCCCAUUCUCCAUUUCAGUCUCUUCCCAUGGCCACUACAAGUCCAUUCUCCAUAUCUGUCCUCCAUUUCUGUGUCUCCCCAUGGCCUCCACUAGCCCAUUCUCCAUUUCGGUCUCUCCCCAUGGCCACCACUAGCCCAUUCUCCAUUUCGGUCUCUCCCCAUGGCCACCACUAGCCCAUUCUCCAUUUCGGUCUCUCCCCAUGGCCACCACUAGCCUAUUCUCCAUUUCGGUCUCUCCCCAUGGCCACCACUAGCCCAGUCUCCAUUUCGGUCUCUCCCCAUGGCCACCACUAGCCCAGUCUCCAUUUCAGUCUCUCCCCAUGGCCACCACUAGCCAAGUCUCCAUUUCUGUCUCUCCCCAUGGCCACCACUAGCCAAUUUUCCAUUUCUGCCUCUCCACAUAGAGACAGGCGAGUAAGAAUCCACAAGUAUUAGCCAAUUAUCACCACCAUAAACAUUAGUUGGCCAUUCUUCCCAAAGACAGUCAUACGUCUGAUGUAUUUGGUGCUGCAUAAGCUGGGCUGUUCCCUUUGCCCAGCCUUAACAGGGAAACUCCUGUGCGACCAAGCUGUGCAGGAGUCAGGGAAGUGACUCCCACCAUAACUCCACCAUCUCCAAACAGCCAAAAGCCUGCAUUUACUCACUGGAGCAUGAGACUACUCGGCCAGCUACUGCCCGAAGGGGGCGGAGCUUUAUCAACAGGGGCAGCAGAAAGCUGUGUGGGCCCCUUGUUGUGUGCUGGCUAUUGGGGAGCUCUUUGAACUCCCCAGCUGAGUGGUUGGUUCACUGCCCACCACGGUCUAUGACGAUUUUCCAGAGUGUUCAGUCCGCCCAUCGCUGCAUCCACUCUGAAACACAGAUUACAGAACUUCAAGUAGUAUUUCCACCUAAACGUAUGACCGCUUUAUUUUGAAAGUGUGUAUGUGUGCAUGUGUAUAUUUAUAUAAUGUAUUUUUAUUUUUUUUAAAUGAAGAGUAUGCAAAAAAUAAAUCAAUAAAACGUGAAAACCCCAUCCCUACCUUUUUAGUAUAUAACUGGGUCCUUCAGCCAUAUUCGUACACCUUGGGUCAGUGCUUGAAAUUCGACUGUCUCUAUAGUCUUCCAUUAUAUUGAGCUGGGAGUGAAGCAGGAAAAACCAUAGAGACGGUUGUUGUUGUUCAAGCAGUGGUAGUAGUGAAGUAAUGGUGGGCUUAACACAAUAUGGCCAUAUGGUAGAACUGAAUCCCUAUAUUUGGUUGCUGAGACAGGUGAUUUUAUAAAAUGUAAAACUGUAUUUUUAUGAGUGCGCUGUUCCUGGAUCUGUAUUAUGUAUGAAUUUUAGUCACUACGGCAGCAAUAUUCCAGCUGUGCCCCCACAGUCUGAUCCAGGGUGUAGUUAUAUGGCUGAAGGAAGUUUGUUGGUAGGGAGGAAUUUUUCAAUUAUUAUAUUUUAUGUUAAAAAAUUUUUUUACAUUUGCUUAAUUUAAAAAAUGUUUUUACUUCCUUUUCAAAUUUUGCUGAAAGGUUUAUAGGUAUAUUAUAUUAAAAAAUAUUUUUGAGGUGACCGACAUCCUUUUUAUCUCUUUGCAUUAUUGUUUUAUCCGGAUUUGUGGCAAAACAUUUACAGGGGACGGUGCCUCUUGAAAGUUGCCUAAGAGUCGUGAAAUUGAAAGUCAGACUGGAGUUGACUGAAUGUCAAUUAACAAAGCCUACCUACACUUUGCAAGUUUCUUUCCAACGCUCAACGAAGCAAUGUUUAGUGAAUAUGCCGCUUUGUCUUAAUGUAUUCCUCACUGUCGUGGCUUUCAGGGGUUAAAUGCUCUCCAGAGCUGUGUCCGUAUUUAUAGAAUGCUAAUUUUAAUGACCUGCAGUGUUGUGUUAAUGGGAGAUAGGUACAUUUGUGUAAAUAAGUAAUUUUUCCAACGCAGGUUGAAUUUGUGUGCGUGCGUGUGCGCUUACUCAGCCGUUUCUGUCAAACUUUCUAUAAAAUGCUAAGUAUUGACUUACAGUUUAAAUGUCUAUUGAGAUCUAUUUUUUUUUUUUGAAUGAGACCCUAUUUAAAAGUGAAUCUGGGAAUAGAGCCCUGAAACCGACUCGCGGCCCCUGAUUCUCGUGUGUGUGUGUGUGUGUGGGUGUGUGUGCGCGCGCGCGCAUGGGGUUGAUAUCUGUGACCCUGGAGGCAAUCUGUAAAUAUGUCUGCUCUGCAACUCAUGCCUGCAGAAACAUCCGUGCCCAUACCUCAGUGUGCCAGAUCUGGAUGGCAAACCCAUUUUGUCAGUGGCUUUUAUCUGCUAUUAUUAUUGUUUGCUUUUCAAAUGUCCAAAAAUGCAUUCUGGCGUACAUGUUAGAGUAUCUUCAGGCUGUCAGACUGUACCCAGUGGGAGAUGGCCCAUCACUCUGUGUUUUUUAAUUUAUUUUAUCCUGUUUAGAACCCUAAAACACAGAGGCACAUUCCACAGACCUAAAGCACUUAAGCUAGCUGAGUUUUUUUUUAGGGGUUAACAGAGUCUCCACUCUUUGUGCAGCUUCCAAGAGAACUUGUCUCCAUUAUAAAGGUAUUUAGUUGCAUCCUCCCAACUGUAAUUGUUCAUAUAAUGUCAGUCUAUAUCAGUGUUCUUCAGGUAAAGCACUCCAGCCUUGGACACAGUGAUGGGCUAAGUAUGCUAAGCUAACCCAUGCUCCGUGCUCACAGCAUUUCAUUACUGUCUAAAAAUGACACGUCUGUAUCAUUCAAGCAGGAGGAGAAUGGCCGGGCUUUGGGUGCUGGGUAGGGCAAACAACUCCAAGAGUUCCUCCUGCCUUGGUCCCAUGGUCGCAAAGCGAGGUCUGUGUUAAGUCAGUGUUACAAUUCUUUCAGUAUUCCAUUAUCCUCGCUUUACUAUCUGCCACAGCACAUAGGUCGUGAGACUUGGGAUUUAUGAAGAACUUCAUGAAAUCACACACAGUGAUAAAUACUAAGGUGGCCAGUGAUUUACAGACUUUUCAACCAAUCCUGGUUCUCCGUUUGGGUACUGGUAAUGCCUUGUGGUUCAUGAGAUCUGCGGUUCAGCACUCCCAAGCAAUUUCAUUGAUGGCUGGAGAUGCUUUCUGCAUCCUAGCCUAAGCACGGAACAGUUAGUAGUUAUGGUACUUGAAGUGUCUCUUUUUAUAAGGAACCUAUAGUCCUGAAAAUGUUAUUUCUGGAACCAUAAGUUCCCUUCUGCUGUUGUGACAUCCAUCCACUAACCUUUCCCUAUUAAAAAUCAAAGUGAAUUACAGUUUACUCGCCUCAUUGCCAUCACAGAGACUUCUGCAGCUGCCCGCUCUGCCUCCAUCUUUGCUGACUCUUCCGCAAUCUCGUCUAAUACAAUGCUUCUCAAAGAUAUACAUGCGCUGUAAAACUUCACGCAAAUGCUUCGAUGAGUCUGACACGGUUCUGGAGGUGGAAGUGCCUCUAAAGGUUUAACCCUUUAAUGUAAACAUUGCUGUUUCUACAAAAUGGCAUUGUUUUCCAUUGAAAGGUUAAAAUGACAGGACCACUGUCACUGUGAUCCAGACCACUUUAUUCAGAUGAACUGGUCUGUGUCUCUAGUGGCCCUUUAAAGUCUGCAAUAUAGAAUACUAUUUAUAGAGACUGUUGCCAAACUUCAUAAAGUUUCGUGUGACCCUGUUAAAUGAGGAACCCUUCUUCCAGCCCUCAAUGAUAUAAAUGUUCAAAGCUAAAAAUAUGGGCGAUCUUAUGAUUAUUAUAAAUAGAAAUUGUUCUACAAUAGAAAUGCCGCUAAUGUGGAAAAAAACAUGAAAUGAUCUGUAAUAAACAGCUUUUCCAGUAACUUGCAGUAAAUCCGUGACGGUAAAAGGGGAACGCUAAACACCAUAAACACUGUAGCUCAUUUAAUGGUUAUAGCUGUGUGUGUAUAUAGGGAGUCCCAUACCCCUAAAGCUCUCUGCAUUUGCAAAGAUAAUACGGAAAUUACAUUUUAUCAGUACAAAUUUAUCCAACCCUGGACGUCUGUGACAACCGCUGAGGGCAGUGAGGCAUAGCGUGCUCAGUCUAAUGAUAUUUAGUCCUCGGUGAGUGAUGGUCUGCUAUCCUGGCCACAUUUUGUGAAAGCAGUUAAUUAAUGUAGAAUUGAUACAUUAUCAAUUGGCGGGAAUGACAAAAUCCUCUAAAUCCAGAAUUAAAGAAAUGAUUUCCAAAUGUAUCCAUUGUUUGUCAAUUCAACUAUUUUGGCAUUCGUUUUACCAUUUUGACAUCUCCACAUGUACGCAGUUUAGUAAAUAAUCAUAUUAAUUAAAGGGAUACUCUAAGCAUCAAAACCAACUUUAGCUUAAUUAAGUAGUUUUGGUGUAUAGAUAAUGCCCCUGCAGUCUUACUGCUUAAUUAUCUGCCAUUUAGGAGUUAAAUCACUUUUGUUUCUGUUAAUGCAGCCCUAGCCACACCUCUCCUGGCUGUCACUCACAGAGCUUGCAUGAAAACAAAAUGGUUUCAUUUUCACUCAAAUCUUACAGAACAAUGCAUUUAUUUUAGAAGUCUUUAUCUCCUGCUCUGUAAAUUGAACUUUAAUCACACACAGGAGGCUCUUGCAGUAAAUAGCACGAUAUUAACAGAGCAGGUGAUAAGAAAUUCUAAAUGAAACAGAAUGUGCAAUAAUGGAAGUAUACACAUUAGAUGUCCCUUUACAUGAAAUGUGUAGGAAGACCGUGUUCUACUCAGCCAGGGGCAGUGUGGCUAGGGUAGCAUAAAAAAAGUGCAGGGCAUGACCUAGACAUUAAAACUACUUUAAGCUAGAAUUGUUUUGGUGCUUAUUGUCCCUUUAAUAUUCUCCUUCAUGUUAAGUUUAAUAACAUUUUGCAAAGUUAAAUAUGGUGGGGCUUAUUCACUAAACUCUGAAUUGUAGUGUCAUGAAAAUACUGCAGUCAGUGUUUUUACCCUGAAUGUUUCAAUUCCGUUUUCAUUUAGCUGUAAUAUGUUUAGUAAAUAAACCACUGUUUUGUUUCCCCCCCUUUAACAAUAUGUCUUUGUUAACAAAGCUGCUAUUUGUGAAGCUGCCCUUUUUAACGAUCUUCCCAAGCUCUAAUUAGGCGUAAAAUAAAGUUCUAUUUAAAUUUCAGUUACUAUAGAAACCAUCUUAUCAUAGUGACUAGUCUGCCCCUUUCUAUGGAACGCACAUGUAACGAGUGGGUCUCACACUCUGUGACCUGAAAAGGUUUAUACAUAUAAAGCUCUGCACAUAACUGUAUUAUACAUGCUAUGUGUAGGUAGGUAUAUUUUGAUCUAUACAUAAUGAUGUUUUUUGGGCCAGCUCAAUGUACAGACUACAGUGUAUACUUAUCAGGAGGCUGCCUUGACAUCUACAGAUUUGACAAUUUUAAACUUCUCUCUUCACUAUACUUUUACCCGGGAAAGGAAUUUAUUGGUAUAUUUUUAGAAAUGAGUUCUGGUGUAUCCUGUAAUAAUGAAUUAUAUAAUCCUACUAUUUACACAUAACCGGAUAGAGUAGCCGCAUGGCAACCAUAGCUGGCUAAGAGAUUUUUUCCGUUUGUCUAUAUUGACCUUAAAUUUGAAAUUCACCUUGAAUUCUCACUUUAGUAAAUACCGUGUGUGUUUUUAAUACAUUAGACUUUUACUGACUUUUAUCAAAACAUUAAGGGAAUUUGUAGGUUACAAGGGCGAGACACGUGGAUCUAUUAGAUUAUUGCUCUUUUUAUUUUAAUUCAUUGGUUUUUAAAAGAAUUGUAUAGAAAGACUUACUUUAUCCCUGACAGUGUAAAUGAAUAUAUUCAAGCUUCUUUUUACCUGGCGCAACAGUUUCCCCAAUAAACACGAGAUUGGAGUACUUUUAUGCCCAUACUGUACCUGAACUCACUAGCAGGGGGCAGCUCUAUUUCCAAAUGACAGCACUGCUAGUCACCUUGAGACAAUUGAAGAAUUUAUAUCCUUACUAAAUCCGAUUUCUAAAUGAAACCGUAAAGCAAAUUCACAGUUAAUUUACCAAGACUUUGAAGGGGACGUUGCUGCCAAACUAGAACUGAUACCAUGUUGCUCCUUUAAUUACUCAUUCUAGUUAUUUCUGUCACAUGUCAACAUUUUCUGGAUCAAGUGUGUCCAAUCUCCUCCCUUCACCUAUUAGACUACAUAUCCCAGAAUUCUCUGCCAGGUGAAAUUUAUUUAAUGGCCGGUCUACUAAUUACUAUUUUACUAGAAUCCUCUAAAAAUUAAUAUUAUUGCAUGUUUCUACAUUAUGUGUUUACUGUCGGAGCUGGGCUAUAUUGUUGUUUUUCCUGCCCAUGCCAUUCAGUCUGGGCAGAUUAGGAUCAUAUGUAAAUCUGAUCAUUAAAAUUCUGUAACUCUCGGACCUCACGCAAUGUGUUUUUAUUUAUUUUGCAGGAAGCGGAGCGACGGCUGUGGUACAAGCUGCUUACUGCGCUCCCAAAAAGGAGAAGGUGGCAAUCAAGAGGAUUAACCUUGAAAAAUGUCAGACCAGCAUGGACGAACUACUGGUAAUAAUGAUGGCAAUGUAGCAUUACUCCUUCCUUCCCAUGAGUCCACUCCUCCAAGAACCAUUUAUCGUGUUUUGUGUUAUAAAUAUGUAUAUGUUUAGGCUAUGGUCUGUAUCUUGCGUAACAAGGGGGACCCAUGUGCUUAUGCUUUAUAUUAAAAAAUCACAACAAUUUUGGGACAAAUAAUCUUUAAAUAGAUAGACCUCACUACUUUAUUAUUUUUAUAGAAAUUUGGCACCAAUAUUGAUCAAUGUCUUGACACCAAGUUUAGUGCUAACUUCUUUCCAUUUCUCUGUUCACUGCUGAGGUUUGACGUGAGACGACCUAUUCUUCUGAAGGCAGGGACUGAAAAUUCCUGAAGCACAUGGGUGGAUGUAAUAAUGACACACACUCAUGUUGUACAGUUUAAAUUACUUGGUAAUAUACAGCGUUUGAUUGGCAGACUUCACCCAGUGAAUAGAGAAAGCAGAGAACGCUGGGACAGUGUUAUAAGCUACGACUAUUAUUUUUUACCGGAAUCUGAUCUGCCAUUUCAGAGUCUCACUUUAAAUCAAACACCCAGUGUUAUCCCAGUCUGUCUCUGGAUAAUUGACAAGCUUGCCUUGGUGUAUUCUCCCAAUUUCCAUUUUCUUUUAUUUUAAUGAAUGGGAUUUCGGUUGUGGCUACUUUGUGUGUAACCGAGCUGCAGUACGGAUCCCUCUGCGAGUUUGAAAUCAAUGAUUUUGUGCAAUCACCUGCUGAUCAGAUGCUUUGAAAUGCUGCAGCAAGCUUUCAUUUGUGUGGGAUAUUUUGUUUUCUUGCAAACUAUCCAGUUUUGAGCAUGUACAUUAAGCCAGUUUUUGCAAUAAUUCUUAAGGUAUUUCUUCUCCUCACAGCAGCUGUGUGCUUAACUAGUCUCAGUGCCUGCAGCACUAGCCUUGUGGUGUAGUAGGAGAGAGAAAUCUUAUAGUAUUCAUUAAAUAUUGAUAUUUAAUUAUGGAUUAACAUCUCGUUAGGCAGACCUGUCUGCCAUAAACCAAGCAGAAAAAAAAAAUCCAUUUAUUCAGGAUAUGGGAAUACUUUGGAUCUGAAUCAUGCUUUGACCAUCUCGAAUGUAUGAGGAACUGGCAAGCUCCAAGCCAAACCCUUUCCUCGCACAGCCAAAUUUAGAACACAAAUGUAUUUAUAAUAGCUAUAAAUGUAGCUGGCAUCAUAAUAAAUGCAGGUUCCCUAUGCAAACCUUUUAUGGGCGGCAUUUGAGCGGUGUGACAAAUCUUUGUUUAAAGCUGCGGAGGAUCACAACUGAAUUAUUACAUAUUCAUGCCAGGAAUUCACACAUCCCAUAGGCAUAUUUUGGACACUCGGUUGUCAUGAUAACCUAUCAGGAGUCAUGUGAUUUGAGCAGGAACCAGCAGGUAACCAGAUUCCAGAUGGAAUUCCAGGAAACCGAAAAAAGAUAGCGAAUUGACUGAUUUUCACCAGUUUUACUCCUUAUUCCAGAUCUUUGGCAUAAAACAAAACCUGCCUCUCUGGCAGAUUCACCGAUUUGGAGGGAGCCUGCGUACUUUGACUGACUUACUGAAUACAUAAUGUGUUUCCAUAAUAUACAAGUUCUUGUAUACAUACUGUGUUUCCAUAAUAUUCAACGUUUUCUUACGGGCAAGGGGUUAUGAGAAUUUAGUUCCUGUGAUUUUAUGCAAAUCCAUGGAGCUAUUUAAUUGCAUGUAAGACCAGUAUCAGAGAGCUCCUUGCACUAUAACCUGUACAAGGAGUCUGAGAUAUCUUGAUACUAUUCGUUGUCACAUGUUCCAUCAUAAUACACUUGCUACUGGUGGAGGCUGCUGUUUGUACACCUGGGCUGAUACUUUUAGACCAUAAAGUUUGAUUUACUGAAACCGAGCUAACUGCAAUCCACUCACUCCUUUAUAAUAAGGUGUUUUAUAUAUAUUUUUGAUUGUGCUCUAAAACUCGCUGUUGCACAGGAAGGGGGGCUCUGCUGCUUUUUGUACCACAGAUAGCCAGCGUACCCCUGCUCCCCCAACCCCUGUGUUUAGCAUGCAGCCUACAUCAAUCCCAAUGGAAUCUGAUCACUUUGUAUAAUUCGUAGCGCCUGGUGAUUUAGUCCUGGCACUCACUGUUUUCAGCCUCUGAUCAAACCGCUGAAUUAUCAUUUCUAUUGUGUUUCGAUGUGUGCCGUGUGAUUAACCCCAUCACUGCCUGGCCUUGGAUUACUCUACAGAUGGAUUUUGAACUUUGCAGGUAUAGGGUAUAGGGAGAGAAAAGUUUGUUUAGAGCAAAACUAGGAUCAUACUUGAUUUAAAUAUAUAGAUUUUUUGAAUAAACGAUUACAUGUGAUUACAUUUGUAUAAAUGCCUAUGGAUCUCAAUUUGCUCAUUUUAGGGGAAGUCAUUAUUUUUUUUUUUUUUUUUUGUCCAGUAUUUUUUUCAUUAAAGAAACGAGGAAGCCAUUUUUACUCCAACCAAAAUGCAGUGUUUUGGUUAGAGUGACCCUCCAGCUUUUCUGCUGUACUUAAAUAAAAGGCUAAAACGUACCUCGGUUCCAGCGCUGAGGCCAAAUGCUCUCUCAGCCCAGUCUUUCUCUGUUGAUGUCUCUUCCCGUUGUUUUAUGGAGGCCAGGGAGGAGCUGGCCACGCUGCCAUUGGCUGUCUUGUGCCAACAUGCUGUGUGUGCUGCUCUGACACCAAUUUUGCACAAAAUUAACAUUAGGACUUCCGGGCUGGCUAAUAACGCUGCUGGGAGUGGAGUGUUUCAAAAUGUGUAGAGGGGUCUAUCUCCAUAUAGCCAGAAUUUUACAUACAGACUGCAGGCACUAUCACCACUUCAAAACAUUGAAAUGGUGCUUGGAGUAACCCUUUAAAGUGUUCUUGCCCUGGUACACUUAUGUUUAAUGGAAAUGUCAGUAUUAUGGAAGAUGAUUGCCCUGCUUGACCUUAUUUGGUGUCGGUGAUUUCAGACAGACCAUGAUGGUAAUAUGUUCUCAGAAGAAUGUCUUGAUGAUGGGGGUUAGAGCUGAGCUUUGAUGAUCCUCUCAGGGUAGUGCUGGCCAUUGUUGCCCACAGCCUAGAGGGGUUGUGUAGACUUGCACAGUAUGGCAGCUUUUGUGGUGUGGACUCAGGAUUCUUGGAGGCCCUUUUCUCAGGCUCUGGAUACACAGGGAGGUACAGGCCAGAUGACACAAGAAUAUAACGUAUGUGGAAUAGCAAAGACCCAUUCACCAUUAUGAAGAUUUACUUGGACCAGGCCAAGUAAAAUGUGCAAUUUAUAUUGCAGCAAUGGGACUUAAAUGGUUCACUGUUAUCAUCAAAACCUCUGUAGCUCAUGGCAAUGUUAUGGUGCAAGGUGUAUUUUUUUUUUUUUUUUCCUUCAAAAUGUUGAAAUGGUCUCUUUGAUGCCACCAAGAUACUAAGGAAGCUUCACUUCAGCAUUUUCUAUUAAAAGCUGCCCAUAUCUUGAUCUGUGCACUGAGAGCAGGACUUGCUUUCCCUGUAGGUCACCGGCUAAAUAUGUGCUACAGGACUCCAUAUGACCACCAUUGUUGUUCUGCUAAAAAUAAUGAUUGACACUUUUUAAAAAUAUUGUUGCUGUUUUUUGGCUACGCUAAAUGGUAAAAUGUAGAAGCUUAAUUGACAUGAAAUACAAAAAUACACUGCAUCACAAAAAGAUUUUCAAGCCUGAUUUGUUUUAUUCAGAAUAUUGGCGACUCUUAACUGAUUUCAAUUUCUCUUUCUUCUUUUUCAUUCAAUUUAAUCAGAAAGAAAUCCAGGCAAUGAGUCAGUGCCAUCACCCCAACAUUGUCUCCUACUAUACCUCGUUUGUGGUGAAGGAUGAGCUCUGGCUUGUGAUGAAGUUGUUAAGUGGAGGUAAGCGUUGGUUAGCGCUCUGUUAAUUGACUUAGCCAAGAACUGGGCUGUCCACCCAGGCCCACACAUGUGAUCGAUUUAGAAUGGCUUUGUUGAUUAUCAUCCACUGCACGAUGGAGGAAAAAAUAUUCAAAUACUACGUCAGGGUCAGGAGCACAUGGGUAAUCAUAUCACAAUUCCAUACUCUGCUGAUGAGAAGUGAUGGAAUAAUAAAAAACAUGUUGUCUGUGUGAUAUUCGCAGCCCACAUUUUAACGUUUUAGCUGUAGGGUGUAAAUUCAUCCAUUUGUGCUUUUAUGGGGAAUCGCCUCCGUUUUCUGAACCAGUCACGCUUGUAAAUCAAAUCUUGAUCCUGGCACACCCAUGCGCCAGCAAAAUAUAUCUCGUGCCUGUUUUCAUUGUCUUACGUGUGAUGAAAAUGUUGUGCUUAUUUCUGCCUGUUGUGUGUGUAUGCCACUAUAAAUUUUAUCGGUGUAAAUGAAACAUUCAGUCAGGCUGGACGUAAUGUGAAUAUAUUUCAUGUGGCAGUCACUUGCCCAUGGAGCACUCUGGAACAGUGGGGAAUAUUUUUUUAGUGUGAAUGUUGCAUCAAUACUACACCUUGUGUUUUGCCUAAUGUGAGAGUGAUGUUAGUAUUUUAUCAGUUUAUAAUUAUUUUUGAAAAUUUGGUAUCUGUUGCAAGUAUGGUGUUUCAUUGUUCUGCUGUUAUAGUUCCAUAAUAUCUGUUACAAGGUAUUCCAAGUUUGUCAUUUCUGCCAAACACUACAGUUUAUUAUGAAAUAAAAUAUGCUCUGUGCUUAGACUCCAUAUCCCUUUUAAUGAGUGGGUUAUCUUGUAGUAAGAAAAGCCCGGAUGUUAGUUGAGUUAGUUAAUGCUCCACCUGUUUCUAAGGUUGACAAAAUAAGUAACUCUAAUUAAUGUGAGCUAGAUUGAUUUAGGUCCCAUUGCUGAACAAAGCACUAUAUAAAAAUAUAUGCUUAUUAUAAAUGCCUGUUUAAGUUAUCUAAUCGUGCGAUUUUAUACCCACAGAAAUCCUCUAUUAAACUGCACUCUCUUUGCCUUUCCAUUCAGUGAAAGAUCAUAUGGCUUAGACUGUGUAAUUAGCAGUUAGAUGGCUUACAGAGAACACACACAGUGAUAAUUAAGCCGUAUGUUGUUCAUUCAUGGAAUAUCGGAGUGAUUUGUUAAUCUUUAGAUAAUCUGUGAUCUAAAAUACCAGACACUUGCCUAAUGAAGAGCUAUGUUGGCAGGAAAUUGUGUAAUUUCUAACCAUUGUUUGUAUUGCUGUUGGCAGUGUAUAUACCUAAAUACCUUGUGUUCGUUCCCUUCGUAGAUCCGAUCCGGAAGAUGAUAAAAUGUAUAAUUUUGAUGGCACUGUAUUUUUUUUUUAUAUCUGCCAUACAAAUUAAUGGAAUCCUCACUCCCUUGCCUUUCUAUACUAAAUCCUUCUGCUCACAUUUCUGGUUUUAAUGUCUGUCUUUAAGGCCGUUUUUUAACUUUUUGUAAGUGAUAUUAAAGAAACCUUAAUAAUAAAUGCACCAUAACCACAAAAGCGCACGAUAAGUUUUUUUUUUUUUUUUUUUUUUUUUUUUUUUUUUUUUUUUUUUUAGCAGUCUAAACCAGGGCUGAGAAGGUAGACCCCAGAUGUUGUAGAUUUAACGCUACCAUGAUGCCUGUAGAACGUCUAAACAUCAAGCAAGUUCCAGUUGUACAACAUCUGCUGAUCUACCUUUUGUUUUGAAAUUAUUUGGCAAAUGCUGUGGUUCUUCCCUGCUCAGAGAUCACCACCUCUUCAGAAAGCUGUAACUGUGUCUGACAAGGAAAAUGAAGACUUGAAUGGUGUGCGCAUGCAACGCAUACAGUACAAAUAUUUGUACAGGCAGAGGAGGGACAGUACCUUCUUCCUCUGUCAGCCACUCAAUGGGCAGUUUUAUCACUUGUGCGAAGAUAAUUUUUAUAUAUAUAUAUAUAUAUAUAUAUAUAUAUAUAUAGCGCAUUCCUUUUAAACCUGCUCUGAGUGAUAUGAGACUAUCUCUCCUUAAUAUCGGAAACAUUUCAAUUAUUUCAAAAUCAAGUUACAAGAUUGUUCCUUUUUAAUUAGUGUUUUGUUUCUUGCAUGCUUCAGACAAUAUGCAGAGUGAUGGCACAUGUUUAACUAUUGCUCCUCAGCCAAGUUUGUAACCUUUGCUUCCAUAUCUUCUCAGGUUCCGUCUUGGAUAUCAUCAAACACAUAGUUGCAAAGGGAGAGCAUAAGAACGGGGUUUUGGAUGAGCCGAGCAUUGCCACCAUGCUGAAAGAGGUUCUGGAAGGGCUAGAGUACCUGCAUAAAAAUGGACAGAUCCACAGGUAUGUACAGAAGUACCUACUGCAGUUUCUGUUCACUCAAACACGUAAAAUAAGAAAAUCCCCAUAUUAUUUUUUGGACAGGGUAGUUAUAGAUGUAUGUAAUUUGCACAUCAAUAAAACUAGACUGGGUGCAAGUAUUUUAUGAAAAGGGGGUUACUAAGUCUCAUCGCACUUCUGUUUCUUCUAAAUUAUAUCCGCUCAUCAAGUUUCUCUGUCUGUAACCCUGUCAUUGCUCUAGCCAUUUGGUAUCUACAGGCAAUGCAGAGUCAAACCGCAUGAUCAAUGUUCGUCUCACACUGUGUGUUUUUAUUCAAAUAGUCAUCUCUAAAAAAAAAUCUCUACAGCAAGUUUGUCGUUUACAUGGAUAGUCAUUAUCCUUCUUAAAUCAUGUUUGUUUAAAAUUGAGUGUCGCUGUUAAAUUGAGACGUAAGAUAUAAUUUACCACUUCAAAUGAUACUCUGAACUGAAUUAUAUCAAACAGGAGCUGAAUUUUUGACACACCUGUGCUCUAGGUUAAAUCCAUUCGUGGGUGUGAGAGAGGCUUAAGAAACACAGAGUGUAUUUAAUAUAAUUACAGCUGACUUUCCUUACUUUGAAUACGUGGAUUUGAAAGAUUCAUUGUAACUGAGCCUAAAACCUUUAGUAGUAAUUACACUGAUUGAUUUGGGAUAAAAGGCAUGAUCUCUGUCAAAUUGUUACCGUCUUUGUGAUGAAUAAAUUUUAAUAUUCAUCCAAGUCAAAUUGGUGAGUUUGAUACCAGUAUUGUUACUGCUUUCAAACACUCUCCUAUACACAUCCAGCAUUGCUGUACUCACAAUGUGAACAAACACAAAAUGAUUAUUUAUAUGGAAAAUGAGCAUGAUGAUUCUUAAAUGGAUGUUGUAGGUCUGAAAGAGCGAUGAUGUUCGUUUGCAGAGUGUGGCGAAUGUGUGUUAAGAGCAUAGUGGCCCAUAUAAAGUGUGAAUCAAGUUUGUUUUGUUAGGGUGCUGUAGGUCUAGGUUGGGAUAUAUGGAGGUUUAUUAUAAUACAGGAACAUAUUAUAAUAUAGAAACUCAUUUUGUGAUGCAGCAAGUGAAAUCCGCCUCUGCCAGCUUAACACUGAUCGAGUUAACCAGAAGAGGAAAUUGUUAGCUCUAAGGAACUACCAUUUCAUUUUUUACUUUUUUUUUUUUUUUUUUAACAGUUUAGUAGGUAUGUCACCCAAAAGACAUACAUGCAUGUUUUCUUUGGGUGUAUAUGAAAAUACAGCCUGCAAAAGCUGCAGACCUGCUUUCUGCAGCCUUUGCAAGCCAUGCUCUUUCAGUCUGUGCCGGGAGACAUAGCAAUCAGAGACGCGUCUGCUGGAGCCACACGUGCGCCUACAGUUGCUCUUUCCAGCGCUUCUCAAUAAUUUGUAAUAAACCCGUUGCUAAUGUAAGGGAAGCAAUCGUGUAAUAGCUUAGCGUGCAUGCUCCUUCUGUUAGCUCUAUUGCGAUUACUGAAGUUGGAGGAAAACCUCCGUGGCUGGCUGAGUGCCUGCGUGUUUCUACCCAACAAUUAUAAAAGUUCUGCUGAAAUCUGCACUUUUAUAAACUGUCACAAAUAUGCUGAAGUGCUUUAUGUGUGUGAAAUGUUCUUUGUGUUUCGUUCAUUUUGUACCCAAAUAAUAGGGAGGUUGGCGGAGAUAAGCAAAAUAAGAUUAAAUAACUGUGUCAGUGAUAAUAUAGUUAAUUGCGACAACCUUGGUUUUGAAGGAAUCGCUCCUUCUUAAAAUGAGACAAUGCUAAAAAAAAAACAAGUAGAGAUUUGGGAGAUGCAUAUGAAGGAAAGAAAUAUAUCCGUACACAUCAUCAACAAUCAGGGAGAGGAAGUGUUUGGGAUUUUCAUCCCGAAAUCAGGGAGAGGAAGUGUUUGGGAUUUUCAUCCCGAAAUCAGGGAGAGGAAGUGUUUGGGAUUUUCAUCCUGAAAUCAGGGAGAGGAAGUGUUUGGGAUUUUCAUCCCAAAAUCAGGGAGAGGAAGUGUUUGGGAUUUUCAUUCCGAAACCUCUGAGGCAAUAAUAUAUUCAUAGUCAUUGCUUCAGCAAAGUAAGAAGACUAACAAAUCAAUCGAGAAAUGAUCUUGUAUUACCAGCAUCAAGUGGCGGCAUCUCAUGGUCUGUAGGUGGCCAUGACUGACAGUAGCAGCCUCCAGUGGUUCCAUCAUCGUAACCGGCUGUACAAGAUGGAAUAUAGGGAGCAGUGUUUAGUGUGGAUUCUGUAUUACACCAGCGAUAUAUUGGAAGCCAUGCUGUUCCUUUUAGAAUGCAGUGUUUGUAAGAGCGGCAGAUCCUGCUGUGUGCAUUAUCACAACCCGAUGAACCAAUUUGUUACGCGCCUGGUUUGUGUUUUCCAAGUGGAUGAAGAACAAGAUUUAUAUAAAGUGUUACACAGUGGUUUGUGGGCCAUUUCCUUAAAAGCCCAAGUAAUGUAUUAAUGUACUGUGCCGUAGAGCAGGUGGAAGCUCUUACAGAAACCAGCCUGGUGUGAAAUGGAAAGGUUAGCGCUUGCCAAGACGUGUCCUCCUUCAUAAUGUCUGUAUCAUUUCUUAAAGGGACACAUCACUCCCCACAUUGUUUAGUAGAUAUUCCCUCGAUGAAAACAUGCACACAUUUAAUUCUGCAUUGGAGUUGUAUCUAAAACAGCUUGCAAAAUCUGCAGAUCUCUUGUCUGCAACCUUUGCAAGCUCUCCCCUUCUAAUCCAGCCCAGACUUUCUGUGGCUGUCGAAUCACUGCUCAAUGAGAAGCCUUUGCAAGGCACGUGCAAUAUAGCAGCUGUAUUUUCCUCUAAAUGUCAUUGCUUAUCAAUUCUGUUAACUCCUAUCAUCCGUGGAUGUGAAAUGUUUGUUUAAUGAGUCGAUAUGUCUUCUCCUCGAAAAAUCCGAGCCCGACUGGGAUGGCCAUAUUGAUUGGAUUUUGUAUGAUUACCAUUUUUUUUAAAGAUUUAUUUUGCGCUUGGAUUUAGAAGAUAAGACAAAGGUGAAAUAGUACACAACUAGUAACUCUAUAUCAAAUGUUUUGGAAUAUACUAUUUAUAUGUAUUGUGUAUACAUGUGUGUCUUUAGUAGAAAGCCAAAAACCGACCUGCAGCUCUCAUGAACCUCUGCUAUGCCCAUAAAUCAGAGCUAUGCUGAGAUUUAGGAGAGUCUCUCUACACUACUAUUGAAAUCUAGUGGAACACCAGGAUUGAGUUGAACCACUUACUGGUUUAGUGAUCACUGCAGGAGAUACAAAUCUUGAAUAUUUGCAGAAAAUAGAGGACUUGCAAAGUUUUAUUUUUAAAGGAAAUAUAUUUUGCAUAUUUUAUUGCAUUAAGUAUGUUGGUGUGGGCAACCUUCAGUAUCUCCCCUGAUGCUUUGCCAGCGUUAUGGUUGUAAGAGAAUUAUGGUAGAUGUAAUCCACAUCAUCAGGAAUGCCAAAAGGUGCCCACACAUAACGCCUUAUCUACGUAUUGCUUUACAAAUAACUGCAGCUCUUAAGCUAGCAUCAAUCCUCUUUAUCAGUUUACAAUGUUCAGAAAAGCGGUUUCAUUGAUGCAGCCUAGAGCUAUCUUGUUCCUCUCUGCCCCCAUCUUGUUCUUCCCUGUAAUAUAUAAUUAAUUAAAGGGACUCUGUUAGGAAUAUAAAGUUGGAUUGUAUUUAACCCUUUAUGUGCCCUCUGCCCCUCUCCCCUCACAUCCACGGCCCAUAUAAAGGUUAAAACCCUCUGUAAUCACUUACCCAAUUCCAGCACCAAUGUUUCUCAAUGCUGGUUCGUGGUGCCUCCAUGCUUUCCUAUAAGGUUUUGUAAUGCUGGAGUAAAACUCUGGGAAGACCCUCGUAGUGGCUGUUUAAAAGAAAGCCACUGGAGGCAGUCUUAGUACUACAAUGUAAACAUUGCAGUUUCUCUAAAACUGCAAUACUUUACAUUGCUUUACUAAGGGGAUCAAUGAGAUGAAGUUGUCUGGGUGCCUAUAGUGUCCCUUUAAUUUAUGAAAAUAUUGGUAUAUGUCCCAGAACCACUUCCUGAAAUGAAGCUAAUCUCCAUGUUGCAGAUAUUUGUAUUAUUUAGGUGGUCUUUCAUCAAACCUUUUUACCGCAGGGAUGUGAAGGCUGGAAAUAUUCUCCUGGGUGAAGACGGAUCAGUUCAGAUCGCAGGUAAAAUAUAUUUCAGGAUUUUGACACCUCUUUCUAGCAGCAGCUCAAAAAAAGCACACCGUGUUAUUUGCUAAAGUGUAAGCUCUCAAAAUUCCAAGUGAAUAUUAAUAACAAAACAAAAUAAAAAUCUGAUCUGCUGGGGACACUGAUAAACAGCAACGAGCAAGUCAUAGGAAUGGGACAAUGUUGUAUCAUUGUACCUCGUUAUGUACAAUAUUUGCUAUGAUGUGCCCAGAUUGAACUGGAUUGUAAUGUUGUUUGCUAAACCUUUAAUGUAAAUUUUAAAGAAAACAGCAUCUCAUGGAAGAAAGGUUAAGACAAGUUUCUAAAUUUUAAAGCUGUGUUCAGUGAUGUAAAUUUCGGUGACUGUUUCACUUUAAGUGUGGGGAUAAGUAAACAUAAUAAGAAUUCUGUGAAGUGACUUGUCCCUUUAAUUGGAUAUAAAUUAUGGAUUUGGCCAGAAUGAUUUAUUUUGGUAUGCAAGAAAUUGUAGUUAAUGUUAUUGACAUGAUUUGUAAACUUAAGACAAAGAAACGUGUUUCAGGAAGUAUAGAAUCUUUCUAAAUUUGGCAUUUGUAACUAUACAAAAAGUUGAUAUGUAAUUGACUGAAAUUAUUUUUGGUUUUGAAAAUAAACUAUGGAAAGCUUCGCAGAGCUACUUUGCAAUUGUUGGUAAUUUAGUAGACUACAAUUUUAUUCACUAAACACAGAAUUUCUGCAAAUUAAACCUGGAAUUUAAAAUUCGGGCUAAAAUGAAAGGGCCGUGAAGUUUUAGCUGGGUUGUAGACUUUUUCCAUAUCCACUAGUUUUGUAGUUCAGAUUUAAUUUACUCAAAUUCAGUGUUUAUUGAACACCUUGACUUCCAAGUGACAAAAUAUCAUAAACAUAUAGUAUUUCGAACAAAUGCUAAAAUGACCCAAACAAUGUAUAAAAUCUGAACUCCGCAACGACAUUCCAUGUAGCCUGCACCAUUCUCUGACUGAACCUCAAAGAUACAAAGAAAGUCUUGCAUUCCAGGAUGUAAUACAAAUGAUCUGCACUUGUUGCUUUACAGUGCAUGGUGUGACGUUUUGAAAUAACAGGCAGAUCACAUAUUUAAUUAUUUAAAUAUCCUCUUAUUAGUUUAUGUGGACAAAAUCGAGCCUCACAAUCUCACGCUUUCUUGCUUUCACAGAUUUUGGUGUUAGCGCUUUCCUUGCCACAGGGGGUGACAUCACCAGGAAUAAAGUGCGGAAAACAUUUGUGGGCACACCUUGCUGGAUGGCCCCAGAGGUCAUGGAGCAGGUAGAGUUUCUCUUUUAGACGAACAAAGAGCAUUUUGUUCUUGGGCAAACAAUGGCCAGUGAUAUUUGUCUGGGAAUGAGUCACAAACCGUAUCUAAAGGUGAUCUCGCUGUUCUAGAAACUUUUGCUUCACAAAUAAUCCCUGACCUUACUCCUUGGUUUAGAAAGACGGCAAGGCCAAUAAAGACAUUGUUUCUCUCCAAUCUCAAGCAGAGAGGUUGCACAAGAGAACACCAAUUCACAAGUCUGCAGUUACUAUAGCCAGGUUGUAAAUUGGAAGAAAAAAACGAAUUUCAUUCUCUCCAUGCAGCCUUCCAAUAAAUGUGUUCUUCAGAAACAAAGUAACCUCUGCUGUUUUGAUGUUCUGUAAAGAAAAGCUUCUCCUUGAAAGCGUUUAUAUUGAAAUCGAAAAUCUCCUUUACAUAAACCUGUUUUUGUGGGGGGGUUUUUGGAGUGGGAUAACCAGUUUUAAACCCAUUUUUGGGGCAUUGGCAGUUAGAUUCUUGACAAACAUCUGUACAUUCUAUGCCCACUUAUAGGUUCUCCAGUAGAUCAUCGUUAUUCCCGUAUCCUUUUUGCAUUGUGAAUAAUACGCAGCCAGGCUAUUUCAUUUAAUUCUCAUAUCUAACCAACUCUGUUUGUUGCUUUGUUAAUAAAUCUUGCAGGUUCGAGGGUACGACUUCAAGGCUGACAUUUGGAGUUUUGGAAUCACCGCUAUUGAACUUGCCACCGGUGCAGCCCCCUAUCACAAAUAUCCUCCAAUGAAGGUUAGCAAUACAUGUCGGGUUAAUUGAUGAAGUAGCUUAGUUUCUCUGUAAUUUACUCUUCAUUAAAGGAUCACUCUAGGCAAUAAAAUCAAUACAGAAAGCUGCACGGUCAUUUUUUAUUUAGAGUCCAAUGUAGCCAUCCCUUUAUCUGGAGAAGGGACCAUGGUAUUCUAGCAUUCCCCUAUGCAGGCAGUAGCCCAUCAUGUUCUAGAACAGGAUAGAGAUCUGUGCCACUUGCUGGUCUCCUGCUGGUGACCUGGCAGUUGCAAUAACUGAUAAUCACCCAUGGUCAAGACGUUUCUGGAUUUGUGCUGCUCUUGAAUGAUUGUCUGGCAAAGUGCUUGUUAAAGUUGUUUUUAUUUAUUUUUCUUUUUUGCAUUCUUUCCAAUGUAUCGAUUUUUAUUGAAAGAUUUUGUAAAUUCAAAAACAUGAAAAAUGGUAAAAGAAAUCAUCUUGCUGCAAUUUUUGCAGGUUUUAAUGUUAACUCUACAAAACGAUCCACCGACUCUGGAGACGGGUGUGCAAGAUAAAGAAAUGCUGAAAAAAUAUGGCAAAUCCUUCAGGAAGAUGAUCUCUUCGUGCCUUCAGAAAGACCCCGAGAAGAGGUAAAACUGAAUCCUGCCUGUCACAUGUCCAUGACUUAUCCUCGCCCAAAUACCAGCUUAUAGUCCAGCCAGGAAAUGGAAUCUAGAAAGAUCUAUAACCAUGUUAUAGCAAUAACUGUAAUUAGCAAGGUAACACAUGUAGAUCACUGUCUAAGGGCUCAUUCGUAUUUAUUCAUUAAUGGAGGAUUGUAAAUAUCGAAAGCAGGAUAGUCUUUGUUCUCACGUAUAAUUUGAUCAUUUGUGUCUGUUUUGCACAAUUCAUAUCUAUAAAAUGUAUGCACUGACUGCAAAAGGAGACACCUUGACAUUAAUACACCACGUACAACAGAGCAGAUAUCAAUUAAUUUGCCUUUUUGCGUUCCUGACAAUUUAUACUUUAGAGAAUAUACGCAAUUUAUGCAUUAAAUAUAUGAUUGUUCAUGAAAGUGUUAAUGAUCAGGAAUUCAAAAUAAGUUCCAAGUUAAAAAACAAAAAAGCAAAAAACCGCUGACUUGAAGAAUUUCUAUAAUUUGUCUAUUUUGGCCGAAAAUGUUGAAUUUGCUUUGAAUUUCCCAAAAUGUACUCUUUGCAGAUAACCCCGAUUGUAGUUUGUUAUUUUUGCUAUAAAUCAGGACUGAACCACUGGCAAUUAGUAAUGUUGUUCUCUUAUUGUGGAUUGUGGUUAAAUAGAACAUAAUUAAAAAAUGUUUGUUGAUUUUUAUACAAAUUUUGAAAUCCUUUAUUUUCUGCACAGAUACUUGUUUAAUAUAGAAUUCGGUCUCUCCCCACUUUGCAAAGUGUUCACAGACACAUGCUAUGUAUAGGGCCAUUUCUAUAAAUGGAUCCUUAAUAUACAGAACCAUCUGCUUUCUUUCUACAGACCAACAGCAGCAGAGCUUUUGAAACACAAGUUUUUCCAGAAAGCCAAGGUAAGUAAAAUGUCUAACAUGAUGAUGUGUCUAAGAUGCUUUUAAUUAUCUAGAAAGAUUGUAACUGGAUCACGAGAACAUAAACAGAACUAAACCGUACAGGGGGAAAUAAAAGACAAAAUAUAUUUUUUCCCCCAGGAACUGUUGCCCAGAUAGUCUUCUAGCAGAGGUGGGAGAGUGGAGAAUAAUACAGUGGAGGUGAUCAGGAAAGCUUGGGAUAGACACAUUGAUGUCAGGGAUAGGAAACAACAAUGAGAAUAAAGUCUUCACGGUUAGACCAUGAAUAAAUUGGAUAAGCCAUUUGUCUUUUAUCAGCGGUCACAAUCAUAUGGUUCUAUUAUGGUGUUUAGCACUUGGCAUAGACACUGACAAGACACUUAGAGGCACAACUGACGUUUCCCCAGAAAACUUUCUUCAUAUGUCGGCUGCCAGUCACCAGUAGCUGCGUAUUGGUAUUUAGACGGCAUAGUCGAAAAGGGUCUUGCUGGCGUCCAGUGUUGCCAUUCUGAUAACUGGGAGGUGUAACAAGGCUCAAUGUAAGCUGAAGUGUUGUAUGUUUGGAGUAUUCCGUUAAGACUAAUACUUUGCUCCAGUCAUACUUGUAAGGCUUGUUUUUGGUGUGUUUUGUAAAACGUAUUUGCACUGAUUAACGCUUGAACACAGACUCAACCCCCUUUUUUUAUUUUUAUUUUUUUCACUUUUAUUUUAUUUCAGAAUAAAGAAUUUUUACAAGAAAGAUUAUUGCAGCGAGCUCCAACAAUUACAGAGCGAGCCAAAAAGGUAACUUGUUUUCUGGAAUUCUACCCAACAAUACACAUAUUUCAUAGUGAACGGAUGUGAGGUUCUAGUACUUACCUGAACUUUGCUGUGAAUGUUUUCCCAUGGCAGUGGGGGGAGAGGGGAUGGUACUGGAAGUUUCUUAUUGUGAAACAUGGUCAUUCUUGCUUUGUCCAUUUAAACGGAGCUAUUAAUUUAUUUAAGAGUAUUGGUAAUGUUCAUAAAAUAGAACACUUUCGUUUUAAGGUGCAUUUUCUCCAAUCUUUGGAACAAGAAACUUUUAUGAAAUUCGUACUCUUUCCAGUCAUUAGGGAAAAUCCAUAUUUUUAUUGAGAGCCACAUUUUAAAAGAAUUGUGUAAUCUUCAAAUCCUGCCUUUGGAGAUACAAGCAGUGUGAAAUGUCCCUUCUCAUUUGUAGUUCUGUUUUAGAAGCGAUUCUAUGAGUUCCUAAUUGCUGUGAGAGGCCACACUGUUGUCUGAGCAUUCUGAAUGUUUUGAGCGCUAAGGACAUCCUUUUGAUUUAUUUACUUGACGUCUCUUAGGUUAGAAGAGUACCAGGCUCCAGUGGUCGUCUGCAUAAAACAGAAGAUGGCGGCUGGGAGUGGAGCGACGAUGAGCUGGAUGAAGAGAGUGAGGAGGGGAAAGCUGCAGUUUUGCAGCUGAGGGUGAGUGUCUGCUCGCCUUUAUUCCAUGAAACCAAGCACACACCUCUAUCAGUGUGUUAGGAGACACGCGUGCAUGCUCUUCUACUACUUCUCCUUUUUUCUAUUUAUUUAUUAAUAAAUAUGAAUUUUAGGUGAUUUUCUCCAACGCCCCCAGGGAUGGUGGGUGGUGGGUCUUGAAUGAGGACUGCUAGGUGGCAAUCCUUGGAUAUAAUGCACCGGCAGUGACUCUUAAUACUGACAAAUAAGCUAUAAUGCAUUCUCUUUUUGUUUUUUGUUUUCUCUCUCUCAUAUGUUUCCAGUCUCCUCGUGUGAAAGACUCCUCACAAAACUCAGAGGUGAGUUACUUUCACACAAAGCUACGUGGUAAUGCAGUCUACUUAUUGUCUCCUGCUUCUGGACUCCAUCUCCCAGCAUGCUCUCUUUCCUUCAGCUUCUCUUGCCCUUCAUUUCCCAGUUAUUGGCUUUGUGUGUGUGUAACACGGUCCGUGCACGUAGCAGGGAAAUGAUGGGGUCUUGUCGCAAAAUAGAGAAUAGAAAUAUCUCUCUACUUAAACUGUUCUAAAAAAUGUUUAUAUUUAAUAAGGGUAUUCAUCACAGGUUGUAUAGAAAAACUCUGAACAUUCUUAUGGGUAAAACACCCCUUUUUUUUCUGAAUAAGCAUUUUCUUUAAACACAAUGCUCCGGCUGGUUCUAUUGCUUCAUAUGUUGGGCAAUUUAUAAAAUUUCUGCUGAUUUGUCGAAGGAUCGUGGCAUGGCUGGUUGGCAAGUUACAGACUGGGAGCUGUGUAGCCCAUUCAUUUAAGGCUAUUUUUUUUUUUUUUUACUAUUAUUCUGAUUUUCUGUUUCUAGCUGUUCACUGGGACAGAGCCCACAGGAACCUUUCUCCAGGUUUCGGCCCAGCCCGCUGCUAAUCUACCUCAAUCUGCUGGACAAGCUCCACCGUCACAAGUGUCUGUACCAGUUCCAGGGUCUAGCCAGGUGAGAGAUCAAGGAGAAUGGUAUAAAACGUUUGUUAGUCUUAAAAAGAGUGUGUUUCAAAAGAACUCGCAAUGAAACAGAAGAUUCCAUUUGAUUUAUAGCCUAUGUCAGGAGAGUGGUGUUGACAGUGACUACUGAAAUUAUAGGCAGAGGAUUAUUGAAAGGAUUAUACGUGCAUGUUACGGUUUCAUUGUCAAAAUCCUACAUCAACCCACAUAAAUAAAAGCACAGCAACAAAGGGCAUUGUUCAAAUACAUCAGAGGCUCAACUUUCUGUUAAAUUAAAGUAUGUGUCUUUACCGAAGACAGGUAGGUAUGUACUGUAUGUAUAAAUAUCCUGUGACUGCAGGGGACAUUUGGAUGAAGCAUUGAUAGGUUUAUUGGAGAUGGACAAUGACACCUAGAGAGAGCAGGGUAUUAACUGUACUCCUAACGGAAACACUGAGGCAAAAAUACAUUGUUUCUGAGCUGAGAACAUUUUUCAUAUUUGCUUUUUUUGCCUCCGUUCUUCCAUUUGAGUGAAAUUUUGUGAAAAUUCCGAGUUUAGUGAAUAUUCUGAUGAUUUUUGGGGUGAAGCCAGGCAGGGAUUGGGCAGAGCUACUCUUCAGCUUCCUCCAACCUACAGGUUAAACGUACACCUAGAUGGGUGAGUGAUGUGAGCACAACCCCUUUGUUUCCUCAUCCCUAGUCCCUUCAUCUCUUGUUAAUGUGUUGCAUUUUUUUCCUCCUUAGACUCAGCCAACACCAGCUGCGGUGCCUCCUCCUCAAGAAGAAGUAAAAGCAGUUAUCAGCUUAGUGUUACGAUUAAGGUAAUAUACAGUGUGGAUAAAUGCUUGCUUCCCCUGUGGCAUAGAGAGUCUGGGAGGAGUCAUGCAAAUAAGUAUUGAACAGACUAUAUAUGCUUUGAGCGUUUGUAUUUGCAUAUUCCCACCCACAGUCUCUAAACUGCAUUAGAUAUAUUGUAUUCAUUUCGAUUUAGCAUUUUUCAGAUGUAGAAUUCUUAUGGCUCACACUUGGAUUUUUAAGGUUGUUGUUUUUUUGUGUCCCCUCCCCCCACUCCUAUAAUAAUCUAGUGUGUGUGGUUUUUGGCCAAGACUAGACUAUUUUCUAUUCAACGGUUUCCUGUAUUAUAAAAUUGUAUAAAUUAAAGAAUUACAAUGUUAUUUUUAUUCAGUCAAACGGUUUCUCAAAAGAAGAGAUAUUUCCAAAGUUCCAGAGUUAAACUUGUUCCAUAAUUAAAAAUAUUAUAUUUAAUUGUGGUAUUUAAUAUCUUUUUUUAUUUAUUUUUUUAAAUUUUUUUCAGAAAUGCAAAAAAAGAACUGAAUGAUAUUCGAUUUGAAUUUACUCCUGGAAGAGGUGAAUAUAAAUUUAGACAUCAUUCCUGCAUGUGUGAUAAAAGUUUGGUUUGUGUAAUAGACACUGCAGUGUUACAUAUUUACGUUUAAGGUCAGCAACAAAUCAUGGUAUACUCAAAAAAACAACAACAACAUAGUGUAUACUGUUUAACAGUAUAAGCUGUUGACUUCUAGGGACAUUGUGUAUACCCCUUGUAUCACAAGCCCCUUGUGACUCCACGACAUGGAGUUUAUCCUUAUACUUCUACUGGGUUUACUGUUUUAUUACCAUCUGCACUCUUGGCAUCUUUUAUCUGUUUGAGGAUCCCCACCAAAAGCGGAGUCUCUUCCAUAGUGAGGUGUGAUGGAACCUCAAAGACACCAACUGCUGCUGUAUUCAAAGCCAGAUUAAAUUGGCUCUGGCAAGUGAGUGUACACAAUUAUUAUUUUUUCACUAUAUUCACUUGUUAAACAGUAUACACUAUGUUUAGUUUUUUGGGGGGUAUAUACCAUGAUGUUUUGCUACCAUUCAAAAGUAAAUCAUUAACAUUACAUUGUCUGUUACACAAAGCACACUUUUAUCAGACAUUUUCAGAUUAUGCUACCAGCAUUUUCUGUUGGGUUUGUAGAAAGAGAAUAUAUACAAGAGUGUGUUUUUGUUUUUUUUUGUUUUUGUGUGUGUUUCUAUGUAACAGUUCUUUGCACAUAUACUUUGUAUUUCAUGCCGUGCAUGCUCACUCUUUCAAAUUAUACCACUAGGAAGUAGUUUAUUAAAAAAAAACAAAAAAUACAAAUACAGCUGUUGAUUGCUUGUCAUUUUUGUAUUUGUGAUUGGGAAUGUGCUUGUGUUUCAUGCAAAGCAACACUCGUUUUUAUUAUGUUUACGUUUGAUGUUUCAGACUCAUGGACAACCCAGAUCACAGUAUUAUAAAUGGGGGGGGAAAAACGGGAAGUCGCUUAAUGCCUUUAGUAUGUGGUCAAAUAUGAUUUACUGUAAAGCACCCAAUAAACACCAGCUCUCAUAGAAAAAAGUAAAUAUGAUCUACACGUGCAAAACAACAAGAGUCCGCACCCCCAGGUCUUCUGAAUAAAUGCUAAUCCAUUGCUUUAAUGGGAUCAGUACUUGGUAACAGGGUCCAGGUCCAUAGUUACUGUAUCUAGUAAGUGGGCCAGGAAGAUGGAGUUCUGUGUAGUGUGUGUAGUUCACAACCAUCUGCAGUGCCAUGACGAGCUAAAACUACGAUAGGCUUUAAUAAAACUCAUUUAAACCACCUACUGUUUCUUGGUGCUUUCUGAACCUGCUGUAACGUACAUUGGCAAUAUGUAAAAAGGAAAAAACACUUCACCGUCAGUUGGGAGGAGCCACGCACGUACACAUUACACAUGGAAUUUAUCUGUCCGACGUUUUACCAACAUUGGCAGAUUUUCCUUUUCCAGAAGAAUCGAUAGAUCAUAUAUUAUACACCUCUGCUCUUUCUGGCAGUGCACUGCACAAUGAUCUGAGCUGGACAGUUAUAUCCCAUCCAAUGGACAAUAUUUUCCGAUUGGUUGUAUGUAACAUAUACUACUUUAUAAACCGUGUAUAAAUGCUUUGUUGCAUUCCACCCCUGAAAUGUCGGAUUUUUGUCCCGCUAUUACUUUCCUAUGAUUUACACACACAUUGUGUUACGUCUUUCCACACCAUAUGUAUUCCUGCAAAAUAAACCACUUUUAAAUAAUAAACCACAGAUUACAUUUCAGUUGUAUCCUCUGGUCAGUAACUAUUGUCAAACCACUAGGUGGCAGUAGACAAAAUCAUCUUUUCUCAAAAACAUCCCUUCUAACGCUGCAGUCCCCAACCAGUCCACCUGUGCUAUUCCGCUUUGCAUGUUCUCUUUCCUUCCGAUUGUCAUCUUAUUUUUCUACACUGCCAUAUUCCCGUUCUCUUCCUAUCCGCGUAUAAAUGUACAUCAUUGCAAUAUUCACCUUUAAAUAACACCGUCUCUUGUGCUGUGCCCUUUGGAAUGCACUCAUUGCCUCUAAAUAACUGAUUUCCUGGCUGCCUAGCUGUAGUGAAGGCUUACAAUCAAGCCAUGUACCUAGACUUGGGAACAGGACAGGCUGUAGAAAGAUCGGGGUUUCACUCAUUCAUUAGUGGGAAACACUGUAACUAGAUAUGGUGGUCCUGUUCCUGACCCUGCUCACGUCUACUAAUUUCUCUCUUCCAGAUACUGCGGACGGAGUAUCGCAAGAGCUCGUCUCGGCUGGCCUUGUAGAUGGAAGAGAUGUAGUCAUAGGUAAUUCUUUAUAUAUAAAUAUGUGUGUGUCACACAGAGCAAGUUGUCCCAGAAAGCUAUUCCACCUCACGGAAGUAUGAUCCAUUUUGAUUACAGAAGCUUUCCUUUAUUCCAGGCGCUGGCCCCGCCUCCUUGGCUGAGAUCAUCAGAAUUGACAAUCUAUACCAACCCAAUGCUUUCCCAUGGGGAAUCACUGGGUUGGCUGGGAACAUCAAUUCUGAUGAUCUCAGUCGAGGAGGCGGACCUUUGGGCUGAGCCAAACAUACAUCAAUUUACAUCAUAAAUAAGAAAAUCAUUACGUUUCAUUAAAUGUAAUAAACUUUUAUUUUAAAAAUAUGUUAACAUUUCUUGACAGUUGUCCUUUAACCUAGUUGUGUUUUUUUUGAAGGGGUGUGGGAGGACAUUGCUUUUUUUUUUUGCAGUUGUCCUCCUACUUGACUUCUUCCACAGACUCUCCAAUGUCUCUAACCAAGGGUUCUAAACAAAGCCAGUGGUAAAACAUAGAACCCAGGGAGUGUUUAGCAGUCACUGUGUUUCAAAUAAACCGAGAGAGUGCAGCGUUUAUAUCCUCUGGAUUAUGUCUAAGAAUUCUGAGUUAUAGGCAACGGCAAAAAUUAUGUCAAAAAUGUUGUCAAAUGAACUCUGGAGCUUUCUUUUUCCGAAGUGAUCGAUUCUAUACUACACAAUGUUCUUGGUCUAAUUAAAAUGAAUUUUUGGCAGAAAUUUUGAAAGCUUGUAUUUUUCUUAUGAUUUGCCCCACAGAUUAAUAUUUUUGUAUUCAAUCAGGGUAUAAUGUAACAUGUCUCAAGUCAUGGCUAAUUCAUGUAAUUUCGCACAAUCCUUGGCUGGAUUCUGCUUGAAUUAAAAUCCCUCAGAGUAUCCAUUGUGAUCUUUUAGAGCCUCAGUACUGGGUGCCAUAUCUUACAGCCAUAUUGGCAUGAGACCAGAAUAACGCCUGUCUGUGCUCUUAGUUGCAGCCAAUUUGCAGAAGAUUGUGGAAGAGCCUCAGACAAACCGAUCAGUCACCUUCAAACUGGUAUGUGUUUCUGUAUUUGUCAAUAUGUGUAUUUCUAAGUUAACCCUCUUAAGGGUCCAAAUAGCCUAGAAAUUACCAAGUGUUUUAAUGCAUUGAUAUGGAUAAUAUAUUAAAAAAUAUAUAUAUAUGCUUAUCCAACUCCAGAAGAGAAGAGGUCCCACCAGUCAGGUAAUUGCAUGGUUUUAUUUUUCUUAUUCAGGUGGCGUUAAGGGAUUUAUGGGAUUUGUAGUUCACACCUCAAACUCCAUUCUAGUCAUCACAUUGGAGGACUGUAUCAGCUGAAUAAACUGAUAGCCGCUUUAGGGACUUGUGGAAUAUGCACGUACAUCAAUUACAAUUCCUCCUCUGUGUCACAUGGAGCAUUCUUACAGCGGUGUGAUUGUCAUAUGAAGGAUGAGUGUGACCAUUCACUGUGUCCGCUAUAAUGUGCGUCUGUGAUUUCUGCCAUUUAACACGGUGUAUGUUUAACGCGUGUGUCAUUGCAUAUUUAGAUAUAACAUACUGGCACUCUUGAACACUCACACAAGCAAACAUUACACGUACAAGCUUAUACCGGCUAAUUUACAAAUACCCACACAUUACAAAUGUAAGCUUAUGUUACCAACAAAUUCACACUCAGUCACUCACAUACACACACCUAAAUACUUCUGCUUGUGAAUACUCAUUCACACAAAUGAUUUCAAUAUCCAUGGCCAAAGGGAGGUCUAUAUGGGAAGACUAGUGUAGUAUAAACAUAACUUGUACGGUUGCAAAAGAAAAGUUAAACACAUGCCUGCUUGUAACAUUAUCAUGGCACAUCUUAUCUAGAAAGUGGUUAUGGUGUUUACUAGACAUACCUACAGACGGCUCCCUUUUGACACUGUUUAACUUCCUGUUCUUUUACAUCUCUAGGCGUCUGGUGUGGAUCCUUCUGAUAUUCCAGAUGAUGGAAAGCUUGUAGGAUUUGCACAGCUCAGUAUCAGCUAGGCUACUGCCGACGAGGCUGCUCCUUAAGAAAUCUACAUGUGCAUCUUUCUCAUGCUUUUCUUGGCCUACAGGAUCCAGUACUGCCAAAGAAUAAAAAUCUGGCUUCUUUCGGAGCUGUAACAACACGUAUUAUUUUUUGUCUAACAAAGGUCUUUAACUUAGUGUAACGGGAAACACUGGGAGGUCAAGGCUUUGUAUUACACAAACAAAAGUGUUUCUGCACAUGACGCAUUUGGAUUUCUUUUUAUUGUCAUGUGGAAUGCGCUGGGUGACUGCUUCAGUGACUCUGGGGCUGUCAGUGAAAUGCAUUGGUCUCUAUGGCCAUUGAAUGAGAGGUUCAGCAUGUCAUUCUUCUCAUACAUGUUUGUUGCCUUAUUUCACAAUACUACUGAGUAGGAAACUGAUGGGUUUCUACCACUCUGAAAAAAAGACGUAAAGGCAAAAGGAGAAGUGAGUUUUUCGAAACUGAUUUUUAUUGGCUUUAAUUUAAACUGAACAGAAUCUCUAAAUAAAAACCUAAUAAUUUGAAUUGGUCGUCCUGCC